AUGACGGGACGGGACGGGCAGAACAGGGCAGCUCAUUUUGCCGUCCCUAGUUACGACCUCUUGUUUACUAGUUUGUUGUCAUCUUAUGAAUCUUUACCUUUUUUUGAACCACUUUUCCUGUCGUUCUCUUAUGUUUGUGAACCUUAUCAAUUUUGUCACGUCUUCUUCUUCUUAUGUUUCUCUCCAAUUCCAUGUCAUCUUGUUAACUAUUUGUUUGUUUGUUUAUCAUCUCAAAGAUCUUUCUCUUCUUCUAAAGUCUUAACCAACAAACCAAACCAUACCAAUACCAAAUCAAACCAAAACAUGCCAUCUUCAAGUCAAUACUUAGAAAACCUCUUAGACUCUGCUCGUCCCUUCUUACGAGGUGAGUUUGAGUCUAUUGACAAGAACUUACCUUCGUUGGUUGCUACCCUUCGUUCUGUGGGUGCUGGUGAGUGUUGGCACAAGCAUGGUAGCUUCCUUGAUCACCUUGUUGACAUUUACCGCAUUCUCAAGCUCUGGAAAGUCCCUAACUCUGUGUGCCUUUGUGGUCUCUUUCACUCGGCUUAUUCCAAUUCUUAUGUUAACCUAGCUAUCUUUGAUCCUUCUACUGGUCGUGAAGUUGUUCGUGGACACGUUGGUGAAGAAGCUGAGCGUUUGAUUCACUUGUUUUGUGUUGUUCCAAGGCAGCCCCUCAUUCAUGAUGAUCUUCUUUUUAAUUACUCUGAUGAGGAACUUGUUCAACACCUUCAUCAAUCUGAGAUAUCUCUUUGGAAUGCCAAAGAGAAGGGGCUCUUCAAUGGAGAAGAAGGUUGGAGGAACAAACUGCAGGGUGUUCUUCCUGCUGAUGGGAUAAGAGUUAAGCAUAUUCGUACUGGUGAAGGUGUGCAUGUUUCAAGGAGGGUGGUGGCUGUUUUCCUGAUGAUGACUAUGGCGGAUUUCUGUGAUCAGUUGUAUAGUUUUCAGGAUAUGCUGUUUGAUAAUGUUAAUGGUCGUCUUGAGUUUUCCGGGAACAAUUUUGGGGCACUUUGGCCGGGAGAUGGUAAACCAGGUCUGUGGUUGAAUUCGAUUUCGAGGAUGGGAGCAUUGUACGCUUUGAUUGUGAGAGAGGAGGAGAUUUUCAUGGAAGAGAAGAAAAGGGCAGGACUUGGGGUGGUUGAUCAUGAGAGAGAUGAAGAUCUUGAGUUGGUAUUGCCACCAGUUUUUGAUAACUGCACAAAGGUUUUGGAUGCAGGAGAUCAAAUAGUUGCAAGGGAUUUGUACUGGGAAGCUGUUUGUGAUGUGCCUGGCAAAGGGUUGGGGAAGGUUGAGGAAUUGUUGGUGGGGUCUAUUAAGAAAAACCCUUUUGUUGGAGAGCCAUAUGUGGUUUUAAGUCAGGUUUAUUUGACAGAGGGGAGAUUUGAAGAAGCUGAGAAACAUGCAGAGAGAGGAUUGACCCUUCUUCUGGAAUGGGGAUGUCCGUGGGACAAGAGGACCUCUUGGGAAGGGUGGAUUGCAUGGACUAGAGUGUUGUUAAUGAAGGCAAAGGAGAAAUCUUGGCCUCAGAGUUCAUGGGGGAUCCUCAAUUUGGGUCUUGUAAGGUAACUGGGGUUUAUGGCUUUGAUCUUCAACCAAGUAAGUUAUAAGUGAAAGGCAUAAACCGAAUAUUAUGGUACUAUGUUUGUAUAUCUAUUUGUACUUUCAGUGAUAUUUGAUCUCCAAGGUUUUAUGUGCAAGAAAAAGGUUCAUAUUCUCUAAAAGCCAGACAGUAAGAAAUGAUAGUAAGUAGUCCAUAGCAUGAGCUUCUUUAAGUAGUCUUCGUGAUCCAUCAAACUCAACUACAAUUUUCGAUGUGAACUUCUUUAAGUUGAUCCAAGGCCUCAAUCGAUCAUAAAUUUUCUUUUAGUUUCUUUUUUUGUUUUUGUUCUGUAACUAUAAAUAAAAGGCUGCUCAGUCCUGCAUGCAGGUCU